AAUUUGUGUUGGGUCGCAUUCAAAGCCAUCCUGGGCUACAUGUGGCUGGCAGAGUGCUGAUUGGACAAGCUUGCUCUAGGCUAUGGGUCUAGCUGAUAUCCGAGUUUCUUUUCAUCUUUAAAACCCUAGACUAGAAGCCUAAAGCCUUUGAUCUUAGCUUGGUUGCCGCCAUUUCCUAGUACUGGAGUACAUUUCCUAGGUAAGUCAGUUUCCUUCCUGGAGCCUCAGUUGCUCAGUCUUUAAAAUGAGCACUGAGAUUCCUAUUUUGUGUGUUUCUGAGGGUAUUGAGAGAAUUUCAUUUGGACACACAGAUGGAAAAGUACUUUUUAGCCAUACAGUCUUAUUAUUAUUAGAAGCCAUUUCUUAUUUUACUGUGAUUUUGUGGCCAUAUGCCAACAGAAUGAUUGGAUAAAAAGUUAGAAGAUGAAAAGUCAGUGCAUAUAGUACUGACGAUUUUUAAAUUGUGCUUUUAAAACAUAUUGAGUUUUUGUUUCCUUUUUGAAUUUUUUUUUAAAUCCCCACUUUACAUCUUAAGUUCUUUACUUGAGCUUUGGGAAAGUGUUCAUAGCUUUUAUAAAAUUUUUCAAAGGAGUAUUUGAUAUACCAAUUUUUUUCAACCCUGUGAUUUUCUGUGGGUGUUUCCCCCUGGAAUUCCUGAGAGGAGGAGAUCUUUUCAUGCUUCUUCUGAUCAUAUAUCCAUUCCUCCUUGCAUGGACAUUAACUGGUAAUACCCGGAGAAUCACAGAUGUCAAGAGAAUGACUGUUUGCAGGACUAGCUUGCUGCUCUCUGGAAGCUGAAAGCUAAUGGGCACCUAAUCAAGGCUGGCUCAUUUUUUAGGGAUAACCCAAUUACAAAUCUGGAUUAACUGACAUACUAGUUUGGUUCUUGGAAGCAAUUUAGUAUUGUUUUGUCUUGAUUUUGGUCUUUUUAUCUCUAAAGAGUACUUCUAAUUUAGACUAUAAAUUUUAAUGAGCAAAGGUUGAAGUUCCCUCCAGAGAGGGAAAAAGCAUUAUUAUUCAGGUUAGUGACCCCACAGCUCUCAUCAGGUGGCUGGGCAAAGGUGCAGAGAUUCAACAGAUUGGACAGGAGGUGUAGUCUAGAUUCAGCAGAUGGGGAGGAGGCCUGGUCUGGGAGGUGUGGUCUAGAUUCCUUAGCUAGGGAAAGAAGGUGGUGUAGGAGGUGUGGUCUAGAUUGAAUUGACAGGGAAGAGAGUGUGGUCUAGAUUCAACAUACAGGAAAGGAGGUGUGGCCUAGAUUCAACAAACAGGAAAGAAGGUGUGGCCUAGAUUCAACAGAUAGGAAAGGGGGUGUAGUCUAUGUUCAACAGACAGGGAAGGGGAGGUGGUCUGGAUUCAACAGACAGGGAAAGAGGGUGUAGCCUAGAUUCAGCAGACAGGAAAGGAGGUGUGGUCUAGAUUCGACAGACAGGAAAGGGAGCGUGGCCUAGAUUCAACAGAAAGGGAAAGAGGGUGUGGCCUAGAUUCAGCAGAUGGAGAAGGAGGUGUGGUCUGGGAGGUGUGGUCUAGAUUCAACAGGUGGGGAAGGAGGUGUGGUCUCACCAGCUGGGGAGGAGUGGGGAAGAUUGUAGGCAACUCGCCUACUAGCAACAGGUGCUGCUCUUUCACUAUCAUUCAGGAUGGCAGUACCUGUAAUAGGGCUGAUCAUCUAAUUAAGAUAGCAUAAUAUAGAGCCAGAAUUCAGGUGGUAUUUACAAGAUACAGAAAAGAUCUUGGACUCAAAAGGCAUGGAGUCCACUCCUAUUUAGCUGGAAACUGUGGCUUAUAUCAUCUCCAACCACGGUAAAAUGAGGACAGCACCAUGAAGAUGAAAUGAAAGCACGAAAGAGAAGGUAUUUGGCAAACCGUGACAGUCGUUGUUAGAAAGGAAAUGUCAAAUGAGUGCACAGACAAAGGGGGACCCAAGGGGGUCCUCCUAAAAAACUGCAAGAUCCUUUCCUUUCACUGUUGCUAUGUUCUGACGAGGUUGGUUGUCUUCCUGUUAAAUGAGAGGUGAGUGUGGAGUGGAGAAAGUGAGUUGUUUGGGCCUCAGGCCUCAACCUCCACUUGAAGCCUACACAAGCUCACCUUUGCUACCCUGCAGAGAAGGCAAAAGGAGUUAAUGAUGAAAUGUCAGAAAGGCACUCGGGGCCUUUUAGAAAUUCUCACCAGCACUCAAGAAGAGUGAAUGAAAUGUGCAGCUCAGAGUGUCAUUUCUGAAGGGAGGAGUCUUUCUCUUGGAGAAGAGUCCUCAAUGAGCCUGGCCAAGGCCCGGGAUCUGUGUGAAGUGGACUAAGGAUUAAGUAGGAUGUCAACUGAGACAGAACUUCAAGUAGCUGUGAAAACCAGCGCCAAGAAAGACUCCAGAAAGAAAGGUCAGGAUCGCAGUGAAGCCACUUUGAUAAAGAGGUUUAAAGGUGAAGGGGUCCGGUACAAAGCCAAAUUGAUCGGGAUUGAUGAAGUUUCCGCAGCUCGGGGAGACAAGUUAUGUCAGGAUUCCAUGAUGAAACUGAAGGGCGUUGUUGCUGGCGCUCGUUCCAAAGGAGAACACAAACAGAAAAUCUUUUUAACCAUCUCCUUUGGAGGAAUCAAAAUCUUUGAUGAGAAGACAGGGGCCCUUCAGCAUCAUCAUGCUGUUCAUGAAAUAUCCUACAUUGCAAAGGACAUUACAGAUCACCGGGCCUUUGGAUAUGUUUGUGGGAAGGAAGGGAAUCACAGAUUUGUGGCCAUAAAAACAGCCCAGGCGGCUGAACCUGUUAUUCUGGACUUGAGAGAUCUCUUUCAACUCAUUUAUGAAUUGAAGCAAAGAGAAGAAUUAGAAAAAAAGGCACAAAAGGAUAAGCAGUGUGAACAAGCUGUGUACCAGACAAUAUUGGAAGAGGAUGUUGAAGAUCCUGUGUACCAGUACAUUGUGUUUGAGGCUGGACACGAGCCAAUCCGUGAUCCCGAAACGGAAGAAAACAUUUAUCAGGUUCCCACCAGCCAAAAGAAGGAAGGUGUUUAUGAUGUGCCAAAAAGUCAACCUGUAAGUAACGGCUAUUCAUUUGAGGAUUUUGAAGAACGGUUUGCUGCAGCCACCCCGAACAGAAACCUGCCCACGGACUUUGAUGAGAUUUUUGAGGCAACAAAGGCUGUGACCCAAUUAGAACUUUUUGGGGACAUGUCCACACCCCCUGAUAUAACCUCUCCCCCCACUCCUGCAACUCCAGGUGAUGCCUUUAUCCCAUCUUCAUCUCAGACCCUUCCAGCGAGUGCAGAUGUGUUUGGUUCUGUACCUUUCAGCACUGCUGCUGUACCCUCAGGUUACGUUGCAAUGGGCGCUGUCCUCCCGUCCUUCUGGGGCCAGCAGCCCCUCGUCCAACAGCAGAUGGUCAUGGGUGCCCAGCCACCAGUCGCUCAGGUGAUGCCGGGGGCUCAGCCCAUCGCAUGGGGCCAGCCGGGUCUCUUCCCUGCCACUCAGCAGCCCUGGCCAACUGUGGCCGGGCAGUUUCCGCCAGCCGCCUUCAUGCCCACACAAACUGUUAUGCCUUUGCCAGCUGCCAUGUUCCAAGGUCCCCUCACCCCCCUUGCCACCGUCCCAGGCACGAGUGACUCCACCAGGUCAAGUCCACAGACCGACAAGCCCAGGCAGAAAAUGGGGAAAGAAACGUUUAAGGAUUUCCAGAUGGCCCAGCCUCCACCCGUGCCCUCCCGCAAACCCGACCAGCCCUCCCUCACCUGUACCUCAGAGGCCUUCUCCAGUUACUUCAACAAAGUCGGGGUGGCACAGGAUACAGACGACUGUGAUGACUUUGACAUCUCCCAGUUGAAUUUGACCCCUGUGACUUCUACCACACCAUCGACCAACUCACCUCCAACCCCAGCUCCUAGACAGAGCUCUCCAUCCAAAUCAUCUGCAUCCCAUGCCAGUGAUCCUACCACAGAUGACAUCUUUGAAGAGGGCUUUGAAAGCCCCAGCAAAAGCGAAGAGCAAGAAGCUCCUGAUGGAUCACAGGCCUCAUCCAACAGUGAUCCAUUUGGUGAGCCCAGUGGGGAGCCCAGUGGUGAUAAUAUAAGUCCACAGGCCGGUAGCUAGAUAGCGCAGGUCUGGGAGCCGGAGCCUCUCUACGCGCAGAUCAUCAGACCUAAGAAAUAGCAUCGAUGCGAGCUCGUGGUGGGUGCUCAAGACUGGCAUGGACAUCAGCAUCACGACAGGCUCUCUUGUAUUCUUUCACCUCAUCCCACAAGAAAUUCAUGAUUGCCCAAUGGAACUCGCUCAGAAGAGGGAACUAAGCGUUUUUGGCAACCAAUGGCAGAUAUCUAUGGCAGCACACACAGAAAAGUAUAGAAAGAUCCACCCAACAUUAAAUCACAAAUCAAGCAAAUGCUUACCCAACAAAUAUUUGAGCCCUCAUAGCUGGGUUUAAGGUGACCCAGUGUGCAAAAUUAUUAAUUCCCUUUUUACUUUUCUACCUGUUGACCACUGUUGAGACACCAAAUUUGGAGUGACAGGCAUCAGAGGAUUACAACAGGGUUGGAACUGACUUCUUUAAGCAAAAGCAAAGGGUCUUCUGUGACCACAAUAUCAUCAUCCAUAUGCCUUUUCACAUAGGAUGAUGUGUUUUUUGUCACUCCAUGGGGCCUGGUCUGCCAUUUUCCCCCCUUUCCUUUCUUUGUCAUGUUUGAAAAUUAGUAGGUGUACAAAUUUUUGUAUUGCUUUUGACUUUUUUUAGAUAUGGGUGAAGAAAUCUAACUGGGGAGAAAAAAAGCCUCAGUGAAAUGAAUUAACUUGAAAUUACAAGACAAAUAAGUGGUUGAUUAUUUGUUAUGAUCAAGAAUGUUGCCAAAACAAUCCUUUAGCUAUUCUGCAUCCUGGUGAAGAAAGACAGCUUUCAGUUUGAACCUUCAUUCUGUGAGUAGGAAAAGACAUCAGAUCCCAUUGAUGAGAAAGAUGAAAAAAUGCAUCUGAUUUCUUAAGAAGCUCUAAACUCUUAAGUACAAUAAAAUGAUAUUUUUUAUUUUUCCGAUAUCUUGCUGCUGUGAUGCUAUGCAGACAAGUGUCUUCUCCACGUGCCAUUUUCAAAGAAAAGUCAUUUGCCAAAUAAUUCUGGUACAAUUCUGGUAAUGUGGUUUUGAAUCUUAAAAACCAACUUUCUAAAGGAACAAUGGUGGCAUACAUAUUCAGAAUAACAAACUGAUUCCGUGGUCCAAAUGGUUCAUCUCUAUCUCUUUUUGUACAUCAGAAAAUUCAAAUGGGAUUUUUAUUUUAUAACUUGAGAAAAAAAAAAAAAAACCUUACCAUUAAACUCUUUAAAUAUUUAAGGGAAAUGGCUUUAAGGAGUUCUAAUGAAAAAAAAUUUGUUGCUUUUUUUUUUUUGUAAAUAUAAAUGUUAAUGAAAAUGCUUUUUAAUAAUGCCAUUACACUGUAGAGAAGGUAGCAGAUUGAGUGCAAGGUGUGACAAACUUGAUGGAUGGGGCUCACUUUCCAGAUGUUAUUCUGGAGCAUAUGGUAGGAAGCUGGAGUGCAGGGACCGCUGGCACGAGCAGUUGGCCAAUCAGCAGCUAGUGAACGGGAAGGGAGCACGUGACUCCAUCAUCUAGCCUUUCCACGAGAGUCCCCACCCUCUGUGCAACACAAGAAAAAGACAAUUCACAUUCUGAAGAAUUCAGAUUCUGAAACUCUCCCACCUCCCCCCUCCCACCUACCCCAUAUAAAUCACUGGACUGUUUGUACGUGAAACAGAAGAGGCUAAGCUUCCUUUUUUUACACUUAUGAGACAAAAAGUGCAGUGUUUGGUUCGUAUGUUUAGCACAUGAUUUUCAUAAAGAAUCUAUAUAUUUUUGCCCUACAGAGAAUUGUUAUACAGGUCAAGUGUGUUUUCCUGAUGUUCCUAUGCAGUUACCGUAUGUUGAAUUUAGUGUUUUAACACUAAGAAGAAAACUUUAAAGAUUCGUGUGAUUAAUUGGAUUUGGGGAUAAUUAUUAUUUGGUUUUAAGAUUUGAAAAGUAGAAUUUCCAUUGAUAUGAUUGAUUUGAAUAGGCCUGUAUUUGGUUCUUCAUAUCAAUAGAAACUAAAAUGAUUUGGGAGAUUGAUUUGAAAAUGAUUGUAUACUUGUUCACAAAGAGAAAAGUGAUACAUCAAGGUAAUGGUUAUCAUUUAAAGCCCACAUUUUACACUAUCAGGUCACAGGAGUCUAAUUUUUUUUUCAGUUAGAUAAACUGACCAAAUGUCUAUUCAAGAAUAUAUGUCAAUGUCAUCCUAAUGUGGAAGGUCCGAAGAACCAGAAAAGUGAGAAGGGCCGUUUACCUCCCUCUGUAGCUAUCACCUGUUGGUCCACAGAGUUUCUCAAGGAAUGAGCAAACAUUUUAGAUUAGGUAGCCCUUUCACAUGAAGGGGAAGAUGGGAAAGGUGGAAUGACUGUAAGAGUUGGCUUGAGACCAGUUCAAUUGUUUUCUGGGGAUUUGAUAAGAUAGGCAGUUCCCAUGGGAAAUUGCUUAAAUUGCUUUGUUGUCUAUGAUUUGAUUCUAAACAAGUGGUGCUAUCUUCUCCCUCAAUAUGGCUGUCUUGAGUUUGUCUUGCAGUAUCACACCGUUAUACCAAUUCUUUGAGUUGCUUGUGAUACAUUCAAAGGGAACUCUGGCUGAUGUUGCUGUUUCAGGUAUACCAUCUGGAGUUAAUUUCCUAGCAGAAGGUGAAAGUCCAGGGGACUUGUCCUCCUUCAUUGAACAUGAUUGAAAAUAUAACUGGCUCUGAACUUCAAGAAGAUGCCCAAGUGAUGCAUUAAAGUGAGGGAAAUAAAGUCAAGAUUUUUCAACUGCCAUCCAUAUUCUCAUUGGCAGCAUUCUGAUUUUUUUUUUUCCAAGCACUGUUUGGUGAGCCCGGAACCACCGUAUCCUGUCCCAGGAAUACAGUGAAAUUUCCAAGCAAGAGCUGAGGUGCCAAUACCAAAAGACCAUGGGGGGGUCUGCACAGUUCUGGUUAGAUCAAUAGAAAAUCCAUGUGUACAACUGUUAAUUCCUCAUCCUCCACUAGCACUAAAUUUGUCACUUUAAAUUUUGAAACCAGGGAAACGCCACCUGUCAUUUUGUCCCCAUUCUCCAUAGCUCUUCAAUCUUUACAUGCCACAAAACUUUUUUGAUAGCUCGUACUCAUCCCAGUGUCUCCUGAAACCCCAUCAUGUAAUGUACCGGGCACCUUCUUUUAAACAAAUGUUUACUCUGUGGGUUUGGUUCAUUUCAAUUUCUGCGUUCUGACACAUAUUUUUUUAAUAAAGAUGAGAAAGAGAAAAUGACUGUUGCAGUACAUUUCUAGACCUACUUUAACUUUACCUCAGAUGACAGUUUGUUAACAUAUAUGGACACAUUAUUUUUAACUUUAUGUACAAUGCAUUCAACAGAACAGCAAAAUUUUUAGAAAUUUUCCAUUAAUUUCUGUAACACACCAUGUAAAACUGUUACAAAUAAACAUGUUUGAGAACAACA